ACAGUGGAGACACACAUGAGAGGAGAUAAAAUAUGCUGAGAGGAGCAUAGACUGCCUUUAAAACCCAAUUGUAGUCACACUGACCCCAAACACACGACUCAACUGAUAUCCCCCUGAGAUGCUCUGAAAAGAGGAAAAGGUGGACUUUGUGAAAAACGGCAACAUCCAAGGUUUCCUGGAAGCGAAAACAUACUCAAUCUAACGAUGGCUGAAACGGCUACAGUAGCACACAGUAACUCUACCUUGCACUGCCCAUCCGCUCAGUAUCUGGUGGCCGACAUACUGCCUCCUGUCCUGAUUAUAGAGCUCCUACUGGGCCUGCCAGGCAAUGUAGUGGCCCUGUGGAUCUUCACUUGCCGUCUGAAGACCUGGAGGGCCAACACCCUGUUCCUCUUCAACCUGGUCCUGGCUGACUUCAUACUGCUCAUCUGCCUGCCCUUCCGCAUCGAUACCUUGCUCCGUGGGGAAGACUGGGUGUUUGGCGCCGCCUGGUGCCGGAUCAACCUCUUCAUGCUGGCUGUCAACCGUUCGGCAAGCAUUGCCUUCAUGACUAGCGUGGCCUUCGACCGCUACUUCAAGGUGGUCCAUCCGCACCACCGCAUCAACCACAUGACGUCUACCCAGGCGGGAAUGGUGGCGGGGGGCAUCUGGAUGGUGGUGAUCUCCCUGCGGCUCCCCCUGCUGGCCACCAACCUCCUAAGGGAGCACGACAACAUCUCCCUGUGCCGCAGCUUCAGCACCUACACUGUGAUUCCCCCGGCGAUCCUGCUGCACUACAUGGUGUUCGUCGGGGAGUUCUUCCUGCCCCUGCUGCUCCUGCUGUUCUGCUCAGCCAGGAUUGCCUGCAUCCUGCGCCAACGGCAGCUGGACAAGGAGAAGAAGGUGCGGCGGGCCAUCCGGGUGGUGGGGAUAAUUGUGGCUAUGUUUGUGCUGUGUUUCUUUCCCGGAAUCGCGACAGGCAUGGUUUCGCUCUACAUCAAGAAGUCCAGACCCUUGGACUGUCACUCCUACCAAAUGGCAGGUGAGCUCUUCAGCCUGUCCAUUGGCUUCACAUACCUUAACAGCACCCUGGACCCGGUCAUCUACUGCUUUUCCAGCUCCAUGUUCAGAAACUCCAUCAAGAGCUCCAUCAAUAAGCUGGGCCUGGUGGAGAUGAGGCUGAGCCGACGGGGAAGCAUGGCCAGCGAUGGGUGAGGGGAGAUGGGGUGAUGGAGGCAACUCUGGCCCUUUUUUCCAAAGACAGGCCCCACCUUUUAGAAGGCCUUAAUAAGGAGAACAGACUCAUGACAGUGAAUUGAAUGGAGACUAGACAGUGGAAUUUUACAGCUGUAAUUAACAAGCCGUAUGUUAUGUUCAGAAACAUUUCAUAGCUAUGUGGGAUACGUACUUGAAAUGGCUGAAUGCAGUUAGUGUGAAACAAAGAUAGGGAAAAGAAUGCCUUCAUUCCAUCUGAAUUUGCUUAAAUGAACAACAUUAUUUUCAUAACCAUGUGAUGUUGAGGAGCGCCAUUAUAUUUUUGUCUUGAUUUACUAAUACGUCUGUCAAAUACACCAUCAUUUUUACGAAAUACAGUGUUUAUACAGCAAGAUAUCUUUAUAAAAGUGAUAUUUUUAUUUGA